GAUGACUACAAAAUUCUCUUCUUCUUUGUCCUUUCUAAUUUUAAUAAUUAUUUGUUAUAUUUCAUUAGCUUUAUUACAAAAAACUAAAAUAAUUACUAAACGAUUUUCACCUCUCCCAACAAAAGAAAAUAUUUUUAAUCAAAAAGAAAAAUUAAAUAAUUUUAUUUGGCCAUUAGAAUGUCGACAACAAAAAAGAUUAUUAGGGAAAGAUGGAAAAAGUUCCUCUUCUCAAUUGGUUGCGGACCAGGGACAAUUCCCAGAGGAUUUAUUUACUAUGGACCAGCUACGUAGAGGAGCUGUAUUUUUGCAUUUAUUUGGAUUAGUUUAUAUGUUUAUUGCAUUGGCUAUUGUUUGCGAUGAAUUUUUUGUGCCUUCAUUAGCUGUAAUAACUCAAAGAUUGGAUAUUUCUGAUGAUGUUGCAGGGGCAACAUUUAUGGCAGCUGGAGGGUCUGCCCCGGAAUUUUUUACUUCUGUUGUUGGAACAUUUUUAGCCAAAAAUAAUGUUGGGAUAGGGACUAUUGUUGGAAGUGCAACAUUUAAUAUUUUGUGUGUUCUUGCUUUUUGUACAAUUUUCUCUAAAAAUUGUUUACAAUUAAGUUGGUGGCCUCUUUUUAGGGAUGUUUCUUUUUAUGUUAUUGCUUUAAUUAUUUUAGUUUUUGCAUUUCUUGAUGAACAAAUUAUUUGGUGGGAAGCAGCAUUACUUUUUAUUAUUUAUUUAGCUUAUGCUUUAUUUAUGAAAUAUAAUUCUGUUGUUGAAAUUUAUAUUAAAAAUUGUUUUGGAUGUUUAACAGAAAUAGAUAAAGAAUUAACACAAAUAAAAGAAAUUGAUUGUGUUGAAAGAAUGGAAGUAUUGGAAGAGGAAGAAGAUGAAGAUAAUAAUAAUAGUUAUUUAGAGGAAAAUAAUAAACAAUUAGAAUCUGCUAAAUCUGGUGGUGGUGGAAUUGUUACCUCAAAGGAAGUAAAUAAUAUUCCUGUUGAAAAAACGCCAAAAUUUGAAUGGUGGAGUUGGAGACGUCCAUUACCAAUUAGCCAAUUACAUCGUUCAGACACAGUUUGUGCCCACAGAACAAUUCAACACCAUAAUAACACAAAUAAUCAAAGACGUCGACAAUCUUCAAUUCCAAAUUCUGGCAGUUAUAGACGUCAAUCUAUUCCAAUUUUACAUUCUGGGGCAAUGUUUAGAAAUGGAAUUAUUUCUUUAAUGUCUCAAACACUUGAUCCAGUAAUUGAAAAUCGCGAUCAGAAUAUAGUAGAAAAUGAAAAUAAAAAUAAAUUAGAAUCACUCAGAGGAGGAAAUAAUUUAGAGCAACAAUCAAUUCUAAAACGACCAAAUUCUGAUUUAAAUAGAAAUUAUCCAACUGCAAAUACAGCAAUUAGAAGAUCUUUAGUUGAUACAAAUGGAGAUAUAAUUAUUGGUAGUUUAAGUAGUAAUCGUUGUUCGCCUAGAGUUGAUUUUGAAGAAAUUAAAUCUGUAUUGGAAGAAGAGGCAGAUAGACCCUUAGAUAUGAGUUGGCCGGCACUUUGGCAUAAACAAAUACUUUACGUGUUUUUAGCCCCAAUACUUUUCCCUUUAUGGUUAACAAUGGCUGAUGUUCGAAAACCUGAAAAACAAAAAUAUUUUGCAAUUACAUUUUCUUUGUCUGUCCUUUGGAUUGCUUUUUUCUCUUAUUUAAUGGUUUGGUUAGCUAAUACAAUUGGUCUUACACUUGGAAUUUCUACAGAAUGUUAUUGUUGCUCGGAAAGGACUUGGAGAUUACCAAUACCUUGGCUUAUUUACUUUCUUUGGCAAUUAAUAUCUAAUUUUACUUUUUCAAAUGCCAAUCAAAAUUAUUUGUCUGUACAAGUUUCCAGUAAUGGAUUAGUUUGUAGUGUUGGAAUGCUAUUUUUAAUGUUAAUUGUGCUUGUAUUGUCUGUUGGUUUUUGUAAUUGGAGAAUGAAUAAAUUAUUUGGGGGAACGAUGAUUAUUGCUUAUUUAAUUUUUUGUGCUCUCUCAAUUGCUUUGGAAAUUGGUGGAAUUUCUUGUCCUUUAAGGCUUUGCCAAAAUUAUUAA